AGAUGGCAGUGUCACCCCGUGAAGUUAACGACAAGAUGUUCCAUUUUGGGUUGUCGUUCGAUGCAUCGUCUGCUACAGAAGUAGAAAUUUCUGUUUUCUUCAUCAAAAAAUGCCGUUUUUUUGGAAACACGAAAACAAGAGAACUCAGAUUUCUCCUGAGCGAAUGAAAUCAGCGGUACUUCAAGUGGUCGUGGAAGGCAAAAGCAUCAGAUCAGCCGCAAAAGAACACAGAAUCGAUCGUAAAACACUCGGGAGGUACGUACAGAAAUUUAGAAACACGAAAGACGAAGAAAUAGAACUGAAACCAAAUUAUUCUUCCGCUCAAAUAUUCACAGACGCCGAAGAAAAACUAUUAGAAGAAUAUUUAACUCUGGCCGCAGAGAUACAUAAUGGAUUGACAUCCAAAGUCGCGAGACAGUUUGCUUAUGAGCAUGGAAUAGCGCAUAAAAAGAUUCUGCCAGACAAUUGGUACGCAACGAAAUGCGCGAGUUACGAUUGGCUCAGAGGUUUUCUGCACAGACAUAGGUCAUUCUCGUUAAAGAAUCCACAUGGUGCAGGAUUUGGUAUGAAUGAAUUUUGUGAUGACCUUAAACCUAGAAAUAAAUUUAUUGCAGAAGUUUUCGAAUCUGGUUUUGCAAAUGCUGAAACCGCAAAGACUAUUGCAGAUAUAGAUAAAUCUAGCAUUUACGAUAACAACUGUAUCGGAAAUGCUGAUAAACCCAACGCCUCUAGUGUUUGCGACUCCGAUUUUGUUGCAAAAGUUGUCAAAUCUGCCACCCCAAGUGUUCACAAUUCCAAAAAGGUUGUCACCGCACAUGGGAGAAGUUCCACCGAGUUGAAGACAGUUCACGAUCCAGACUGUUUGCUGAAUACAACAGGAUCUUCAAACUUCACCCCUUUUUGUACUUGCCAAUAUAAGAGCGACUGUCCUGUAUCUAUCACUCCUAUAAAUGAUGUUUCGGAUCCGGAAGAGAUCUAUAUCUUACCGACCACCGAUGAACCAAAUGACUCUGUCCCGGAAGUAGACGAAUCUUCACCGGAAGUUAACUCUUCGAAAAGUAAUCAAAAAAGACAGUGGGGGGAAUCACCGGGAUCUUCAGACCACGUGAUAGUAAAUCAAGUGAUAGAAAACGAACUAGAUCUGAAAGAAUCCAAAAGAACAAGAAGAAAGCGCAAGCUAUAGUCACGUGACAUUUUGUAUUGUGAAUUAAUUAAAUCCAUGCAAGAACAACCAAUGACCAUGUAAUUAUGUAAAAAAAGAACCUAAAUUUUGUGAAUGAAACCAUUAGAAACUAAUUAGGACAAAAAUACUCAGAUUAAUUUUUUUUAAAGUCGAAAUAACGGCUAUAAUUAAGGUAGAGAGAAAACUACUGAAAAAAUUUCAACCUGCAUAUUUCCAUGGGAAUUUAAUUUUGUAACGAUUGAAAAAUAAUUUUGCUUUGUGUCACUAGGGAUCAAAAUGGAACUGUAAGACAAUUUUUCGGGGUAAAAUAGACGUUU